GAAUUACUUCGACCCAAACCUUUAACAUUUCAAUCACCGACAGAUUUUCUCCAAAAUAAAUAUGCCUAACAGAAACAACCGUGGUGGCAGCCGACCCAUUCAAGGAGAGCAACCUGCCCAACAAAAUCAACUUGUUGUCCACACAUCCAAUGUUAUAGGCACAGCCAUGGUUAGAAAAGCCUUAGAGUUUGACUUCUCGACCCUUCGUCAACACCCCAUCUUGACCAUUAAGAAGACUGACGACAACGUUCAAAUGAUUAUUGACCUUGAUUUCACUCAAGCAGAAUCAGCCCCCGGUAUUGGUGCUUUCUUACAAGCUCUUAUGGAUUACGCUGCGAUCAUUUAUGACGUCAAGAUUUUCAUCAAGGCCCCCAAGCAUCAUUACGAUGCCGCUACGUGCAAAGGUAGAUUGGCCAAUGUCGCCUUGGUCAUGACCGUCUUGAACGAAUUCAACCUCAAAAAAGCUGAGGUUAUCGCCCGUCUCGAUGACCACGAUAGUUACGAGCAACUCGAGCUUACUAUCGCCGCAUACAAGCUAAACUUACAUAAUUGGACCUUGGCAUAUGAGGUUGUCGGUCUUGAUGGCAAGUGGAACAUCCCUGUAGGAAGCGAGGAUGAAUUGAGACUUCGUCAUCUUUAUAGAAAGUAUUUCUUGAAAAAACUUUAAAUAUUUCGGUGGGAGCCCGACUCUCGUCUUCUAGAAUCACGCAAGGCA